UCAAUACUGAAAAGCGAAAGAUUAUAUAGUGGAAUUUCAGUUCGUUUUCAACAUUUUCGUAGUAUUUUGAAGUGAAAUCGUGAUUCAGCAUGAGCUAUGAUAUUCCUAUUACCUUCGACGACUUUCCGUUUUUUGGUUGGGGUGAAAUGCGCCGACCACAAGAGAGGUAUCAUCGAAGAGGCAAACGGGAGCCCAGUGUAUUCGGAGAUUGGGUAGAACCAGAGUUUUCCAGCGAGUAUCCUCGUAGAAAACAUCAUUUCAGUCCGAAUUACGGUGAAAGACAACGGGAAAAUAAAAUGCGAUCGGGCAGAGAUCACAUAUUUGAAGAUGAGGGGGAACAACAGGAGGAUAUCUAUGACAAUGAGGAACAAAGAAGAAUGAAAGGUAAAUUUGGUUAUGACGGCUGGGAUAUACCGGUACAAUAUGUGGAUAGACCUGGCAAGGUUCACCACAAACAUAAACACAAACACAAACCAAAAUCUGGCAAGAUUCAUCAGCACAUCAAUGAUAACUCAAAACCUGCUGAGUCUGUACAACCUCAGCAAAAAAUAAACCAAGGAGAGAAGAAACCUGAAGAGAUCCCAUCUGGAACACAAUGUAGCAAUGAAGAAAAUAAAACUGAAGUCGAAAAAACCACGAAAGAAGACCAGAAUAUGGAGCAACAAUCUAACAUCAGCUCUGACAAUGAAGGCCUCCCUAAUACAACUGAAACUUCUUCACAAACAUCAGAAUCAGGAAACAGUGAAAGCACAGAAAUACCUAUAACAUUCAGCAGACCUAAGAAGACUCAGAGAAGGCCUUCCAAGCGCCUGAGCCAAUGCGAUCCGCCCUCGCCUGCAGACAUAAAAAUUUCAAGGAUCAAAUCAAUUGUUGAAAAAACUGAAGGCAUGGAUCAGAAAAUUGCUGAGUUCAUUGACCCAGUUCAAAAUAAGAACUAUCUCUAUAUUAGUGAAACUCUGAUGAAGAUACUGCUGGACCUUGAUACUGUUGACUCGGAGGGUCUUGAUGUUGUCCGCAAGGCUCGAAAGGAAGGUGUACAAACUGUGCAGGCUUUGGUUACCAAGCUCGAGAAUAAAUUGGAAGAAAAUAAGAGAACUUAAGACAGUUAUAUCUAGAUUAAAAUAUUAAUUAUUUGUUAAUGAAUGUUUAUUGGUGCUUUUAUGCACUGAAUGCUGCUAAACAAUCAUUUUACUAUGGUUAAAUAUUAUUCAUGUUUAUGAUAAAAUAAGCUUUGUUAUGUUAUGAAACUAUUGACAAGAAACAUAAAGUA